AUGGAGUACCCAAAAAUUACCGAACACCCACUGGACGUGAUAGUGCCCCGGCAUGAGCCCACCACGCUCAACUGCAAGGCGGAAGGCAUCCCGUCGCCUACCAUCACCUGGUACAAGGACGGUGAGCCGAUCAAAGCGGAGCAGGGAUCGCAUAAGAUUCUACUCCCCGCUGGAGGACUGUUUUUUCUGAAGGUCGUGCACUCACGUCGCGAAAGUGACGCCGGCGUCUACUGGUGCGAAGCCCGGAACGAGCUCGGAGUGGCGAGGAGUCGCAACGCGACACUGCAGGUGUCAGUUCUUCGCGAAGAAUUUCGGCUGGAACCCCAGAACACCCGGGUGGCACAAGGAGAGACCGCUCUGCUGGAAUGUGGACCACCAAAAGGCUAUCCCGAGCCGGUGAUUUUUUGGCGCAAAAACGGGCAGACGAUGGAUUUGGCCAGCUCAAAGCGAAUACGCAUCGUCGACGGAGGCAACCUGGCCAUCCAGGAUGCUCGCCAGUCGGACGACGGCCGAUACCAGUGUGUGGCAAAAAAUGUUGUCGGCAUUCGAGAGUCGACAGUCGCAUUCCUGCGUGUACACGUGAAACCAUUCCUGAUACGUGGCCCACAAAACCAGACGGCAGUGGCCGGCAGCUCGGUGGUGUUUCAGUGCCGUGUCGGUGGCGAACCGGUUCCGGACGUCCUGUGGCGGCGCUCAGCAUCCGGCGGCAAUAUGCCUCUAGGUCGGGUCCACGUGCUGGAAGAUCGGAGUUUGCGAAUCGACGAUAUCACCGUGGAGGAUAUGGGCGAGUACAGCUGUGAAGCCGAUAAUGCUGUGGGCUCAAUUACUGCUUCCGGGAAUCUGAUCGUACAUUCACCACCAAGUUUUAUCGUACGACCGAAAAACCAAAUCGUCGAACUGGGCUCCGAGGCCCUGUUCGAGUGUCAAGCGGUCGGACAUCCGCAUCCGACUUUAUUUUGGUCGCUUGAAGGAAAUCGAAGCUUGCUGUUUCCGGAAACCCGCUUUGGCAACAUUGAAGUGACGGAGAAUGCCGACGGUACCAGCAUAUUGUCAGUUUCGAACAUUGAUCGUGUCGACAAUGGAAAGGUGAUCGUAUGCAGUGCCGUUAAUGGUGUGGGUAGUGUCAGCACCCGGGUUGUGCUCAGCGUGAAUCUUCAGGAUGAUCGACCACCACCACUGAUCCAGCAGGGACCGGUUAAUCAAACGUUACCCAUCAAAUCGGUAGCAAUUUUACCGUGUCGGGCGACUGGUGUUCCGACACCGGUGAUUUCUUGGUAUCGAGAUGGAAUUCCGAUUCUUACAACCGCCAGAAUCAACAUAAGUGAUUCUGGAACGUUGACCAUUUCUGAUUUGAACAAAGACGAUGAUACUGGGUUGUACACUUGCGUGGCUAGUAGCAAAACGGGAAAGUCAACUUGGAGUGCAGCGUUGCGGCUGGAUGUUCCUACGAAUCCGAACAUCAAGUUCUAUCGUGCGCCGGAGGCGUCGACUUUUCCCGGUUCUCCGGGAAAGCCUCAGGUGACGGAUGUGACCGAUAGCAGUGUUACAAUUUCUUGGGUCAGAAGCAAUGCCGUUGGAGCAUCCAGCUUGGUGGGCUAUAUGGUGGAGAUGUUCGGCCGAAAUGCUACCGACGGUUGGGUGGAAAUGGCCAGCAAGGUGCUGGAUACCAGCUGGACACAACGGGGACUUGGACCGGGUAUAACCUACUAUUUUGUUGUGCGAGCGGAGAAUUCGCAUGGUGUUUCGCUGCCUAGUCCGAUGUCGGAACCGAUUAUGGUUGGAAUGAACGAACUCAACUCCGGACUGGACAUGAGCGAAGCCCGAGCCAGCCUACUGUCGGGGGACGUUGUCGAACUCGUUAACGCCACUUCGGUGGAUUCCAGUGCGAUGAAACUCGUUUGGGAGAUUAUUAACGGCAAAUACGUUGAAGGGUUCUACAUCUACGCUCGCAACCUGGAACAGGAUUCGGACCGUUCGUAUAAGAUGCUAACGGUACUGAACGGAGGCAGUGUGUCUUCGUGCACCGUCAGUGGACUGCGCAAGUUUACCGAGUACGAGUUUUUCAUUGUACCGUUUUACAAAACGGUCGAAGGCAAACCGUCGAAUUCGCGGCUGGCACGAACUCUGGAAGAUGUUCCAAGUGCUCCACCAACCGCCAUGGAAGCUCUAUUGCUGAACUCUUCAGCAGUUUAUUUAAAGUGGAAACCGCCUCCUGUUGGAUUGAUUAACGGUAUUCUUCAAACGUACCACGUAAUUGUACGUGGUCUGGAUGUACGUUCCAACUACAGUAAGGUUUUGAGCAAUGUAACGAUCGACGCUGCUUCCCCAAAUUUGCUGUUGGCAAAUUUGACUGAGGGAGUAACCUAUACGGUUAGUUUGGCGGCUGCAACCACCGUCGGAUUGGGUCCUUACAGUACUCCGGCUACUCUGCGAUUAGAUCCGUUGACGAAACAGUUGGAUCAAACUUCGCAUCGAUAUCCGAUCAACCACGACAACGCGGAUGACAUCCUUACGAAGCCAUGGUUUAUUGCCACCCUGGGGACCAUACUGGUCCUGAUGAUGCUUUCGUUCGGUGCGAUGGUCUUCGUCAAGCGGAAACAAAUGUUGAUGAAGCAGUCGGCGUUGGCUGCCCUAGGAAGUCAUCACACUCCUGGAGUUCUGAAGUUCCCAUCCCUACCGCAGAACAACGAUGCCUACUGGACGGAUCCAUCGGCAAUACUGUGGCGUCAUCCGAGUCGACCAAAAGACCACAUCCAAGAUUAUGCACCAGUUUGCACAUCGGAUCAGAAUAGUCACAAUCGAUACGUGGGGAUAGAUUACACGGAGUAUCCCACCGAUUACGCCGAAGUGUCAUCGUUUAACCCUAAUGCUCCAACUAAUAAUACCACCAGCAAGACCCCUUCGGAGUACAGCGGAACCCGUUCGCCUGCUCCGUACGCAACGACAACUCUGAUAGGCAAUUCCAGAUUUAUUACGACCUCAUCGGGUGGUGGAGUCUCCGUAGACAACAUUCAUCACCAACAGUCGGUCUACGGUGGAGGCAUGUACUACAGCAACGAUUCUUAUCCGGCGAUAACCGCUACGGCAGUGGAUUCCGGUGUGAAUGGAAACUGCGAAAAUGGAGGCUUGCUUGGGGGUGCCACAAGAUCAGGUAACUACAGUCGAAACGUAUACUCGGAGUCAUAUUUCAAUCCAAAUGAGAAAAUCAAUAUCACCGAGAAUAAGCUGGCUUCGCUGAACAGCGGCUGCAUCGGUAGCAGCAGCAACAACAACAACAACAAUAAUAAUAUUAGCAAUGGUGGCACCAGUAAUGGAGGCUAUCAAUUGGUUCCUAACCACAGUGGAAGCAGCGCCAGCAGCAGCAGCAGCAGCGGCGGCUGUGGUGGACGUUCGGAAACGAGCAAAAUCUUCCAACCCAGCAGUAGCCACUCGGUGCCGCACACACCAUUCGGGACAAUAAGAAAAAAUCGCUUCAAAUUAGCCCGUACUCCGAUCAAUAAUCUGAGGAUUAGUUUCGGGUCGACUGGCCGGGCUACCAGCGGUGGCGGCAGCGGCGCGUUGGAGGAUGCUGGAAGUGAAUAUGGUAAUCAACAGCAGUAUCAGCAGCAGCAGCAGCAAAGUCAAAGGAAGAAAAUGUCCUCGCUUAAUAAUUUAGGAGCACAGGAGCAGCUGUACAUAAAGAUAGGGGAAACAAAUCCGAACAAUGCCAACAGUUGGAAUGGUCAUUUGGCUAACAUUUACCAAAAUUCUGCCCGAUCGAUGCGGCCACGGGAGCCGAACGGUGACGUUGGUGGCGGCAAUGGCGACGGUGACGGUGAGGGUGAUGCCGUCUACCAUCCGACCGGCAAUCGCAGCGUCAUCAGCUAUCGGUCCGCCUCCGAGUACGGUGAGGAUGUCUGA